GCUUGCUGAACUCUUUUCUUUCAGUGCUCUGCUCGUUUCUUUAUUCCUGCUUGCAGAUAACCGCUCCGUAGCAUGACUGUACUGCGUCGCGCACCUGUUCUUGGUGUCCGUCAUUAUGUGACAGCCACCAGUCAACUUGCCACGCUCCGAACGUCGGCGCAGUAUGGGAGGACAGCAGUCUACAGAAGAUUACUCCAGUCAGGACAACACUCAAAAUCUCUCAAUCCCUCAUUACACCUGACCCCGUUCUCCCCCAGACUCAUCCUUUCGAACCAGACCCUCCUUCGAUCUCUCCAUACAUCCGGAACUCGGUCCCAACAAACCCAGUCUAAAGAAGACCCAAAACAGGAAGUCCGAGAUCCGCCACGGGACGACAAACCAGAAAAAGAAGCAAGUGAGGAAAAAGAGGGAAAGGAUCAGAAGGAGGAAAAAUCAGAGAAGGGAGAAAAGGAAGGGAAAGAGUCCCCUCCACCUCCACCACCUCACGGCGACAAAACUCCCUGGCAAGUUUUUGUCGACACCCUCCGAACAGAAUUCAAGGCGUCCAAAGAGUGGAAUGAAUCCACAAAACAACUCUCGGGCUCCGUCCAGCAGUUUACCGAAUCCGAUGCUGUAAGAAGGGCGCGAGAGGCCUCCGAGGCCGCAUCCAAGGGCACAUCGCAAGCGUUGAAGAGCACAGCCAGCGCCAUCGGCCAGGGUGCGGCAUGGGCUUGGGAAACGCCUGUCGUACAGGGUGUGCGAAAAGGAGUCAACGCCACCGGUCGUGGGAUUGAAAAAGCCACUCGGCCAAUUCGGGAAACAAAGGCGUUCAAGGACGUCUCGGAAGCAGUUGAUGAUGGGAGCAGCUCCAGAUAUGGUGGCUGGAUCGAGAAGGAGGAGCGAAGAAAAAGGGAAGAAGCCCGAAGAUUGAAAGAAGCACAAUCGCCCAACAAAAAGGACGAACCCAUGGUUGAAGAUCCAAACGCCGGAACCAAUAUUACCGUCCACAAAGACUCAGCAUGGCGAGAGCAAUGGAACAGUUUCAAAGAGAACUCCAAGCUAAUGCAGAGUCUAUUCAACAUGAAAACGACAUAUGAAGAAUCCGAGAACCCCCUGAUCUCAACAGCGCGCUCCAUCUCCGACCGAGUGGCCGGGUUUUUUGCAGAGAAUGAGACGGCCAUGGUCAUCAAGAAAUUCCGCGAAAUGGACCCCUCUUUCCAGUUGGAGCCCUUCCUGCGGGAUAUGCGAGAAUACAUUUUGCCAGAGGUGCUCGACGCUUACGUUAAGGGCGACGUCGAAACUUUGAAAUUGUGGCUCUCAGCGGCACAGUUCCAAGUCUAUUCAGCUCUGAUGGAACAGUACACCAAGGCGGGUUUGAAAUCGGACGGACGGAUUCUAGACAUCAGACAUGUCGACAUCCUGAAUGCUCGAUUACUGGAGCCUGGCGAUAUCCCCGUCUUCAUCAUCACGUGUCGGACGCAAGAAGUCCACGUUUAUCGCAACGCAAAGACGAAUGAAUUGGCGGCAGGGAUGGAAGACAAGGUGCAGCUGGUAACAUACGCCAUUGGGGUGACGAGAAUACCAGAAGAAGUCAACAAUCCCGAGACGAGAGGGUGGAGGAUGAUUGAAUUGCAGAAGGCGGCCAGAGAUUACAUCUGAUCUCUCUGGCGCAAAAGGUUGCAGCCGAGAGUGUCGAUACUUCCGCAUUUAGCGAGCAUUCUUUGGCAACACUGGUGGAUUCUACGCUCUCAUAUGUGUCGGUUGUCAGGAUCAACUCAGCUCGGUCCUGAUGUGUGUGCUUUUAGAUCAACAUUCUUGUUCCAACUGAUGGCUGUUGGAGAGGGGGUUCCAAAGCAAUGUACUUUUAUCCCUUUGACGAGCAUGGGUCCUGUCAUUGAUGACCCCCACGAAGGAGGCCGGAAAGGGGGCAAAACUGGAUAGCCAUGGAUAAGGCUGCUAACUUGACCAGCCACGUUUGCCUCUUUGGGGGGGUGGAUGGAAGGGGCUUCCAAAAAAUACAAAAUAAUUCUUCGCUCGGGAAAAGUAUAUGUACUUGUAUGCAGAUGCAGGGCCAAUUGACCACAGGCGA